CCCAAUAUAAACUACUCUAUCCCCCAUAAUAAUUCCACUCUUUCCCAUAUCACUAUUCCUGUGUGCUCUCUCUCUACUCUCUUUCUCUCUCUCUCUCUCCCCACUCCUCUUUUCCCUCCAAAAAAAGAAAAAAAGAAAAAAGAAAACCAUCAAUCUUUUAUUAGAAAACCAGGUGCUAUCCAUAAAGCCAUAUAACAUAAUCAUAUAUAUACAUAUAACAGGAAAAAGGAAAGGAAGGUAACAGAGAUUGUAUUUUAUUGAUGGCGACGCCAGCGGAGGAGGAAGACGAGAGGAAUCUGAUACUGGGGAAGUACGAGAUGGGGCGGGUGCUGGGGAAGGGCACGUUCGCGACGGUGUACCACGGCCGCGACCUCCGGUCGGGGGAGAGCGUCGCGAUCAAGGUGAUCGGCAAGGACCGGGUGCGGCGCGAGGAGGGCAUGAUGGACCAGAUCCGGCGCGAGAUCUCCGUCAUGCGCCUCGUCCGCCACCCCAACGUCGUCGAGCUCCGCGAGGUCAUGGCCACCAAGUCCCGCAUCUUCUUCGUCAUGGAGCUCGUCCGCGGAGGCGACCUCUUCGACCUCGUAUCCAAACACCGACGCGGCCUCCCCGAGGACCAGGCCCGCAGGUACUUCCAGCAGCUGAUUGCCGCCGUCGACUUCUGCCACAGCCGUGGGGUAUGCCACCGCGACCUGAAGCUCGAGAACUUGCUGUUGGAUGCCAGCAGUAACACCUUGAAGGUGUCCGACUUCGGGCUGUCGGCGCUCCCGGAGCAGCUGCGGCACGACGGGAUGCUGCACACGCAGUGCGGGACGCCGGCGUACGUCGCGCCGGAGCUGCUGAAGAAGAAGGGGUACGACGGCAUGCGCGCCGACAUGUGGUCCUGCGGCGUCAUCCUCUUCGUGCUGCUCUCCGGCUACCUUCCUUUCCAGCACGAGAACAUCAUGAAGAUGUAUAAUAAGAUCUGCCGGGCCAAGUACCAGCUCCCGCCGUGGGUCUCCGCCGACGCCGGCCGGCUCAUCGGACGGCUGCUCGUAAGCGACCCGGAGAAGCGGAUAUCGAUCGCGGAAAUGAUGCAGCUCCCUUGGUUCAAGAAGGGGCUCCCGCAGCCGAUAUCGUUGGGGCCAAGGAUGGCGGUGGCGGUGGCGGCGGAGGAGGAGGAGACCGGGGAUCGGGAAUUGGAUCCGGAUCCGGAUCCGGUGGCGGCGGUGAAUUCGCCGAGGUCGUACAACGCCUUUGAGCUGAUAUCGGCGAUGUCAUCGGGGUUCGACCUGUCGAGGAUGUUCGGGAGCGAAUUGCGGGCGGGGGGCACGGUGUUCACGGCGCGGUUGGCGGCGGGGAGGGUGAUGGAGAGGCUGGAGAAGGUGGGGAGGGCGCUGGGGUUCCGGGCGGAGAAGUCGGUGAAGGCGGGGUGGAGGGUGAGGAUGGAGCGGCCCGCGGUGGUCGAGUUCGGGAAGGACGCCGGCGACACCCUCGAGUUCGCCCGCUUCUGCGAGCACGACGUCCGGCCGGGGCUCAAGGAUAUCGUGUGGGCGUGGCAGGGCGACCCCCCGUCCCUGCCGACGGAGAGGCCAGCAAUCACUUGUACGACCGCUGACGAUGCCGCAGCAGUUGCCUAGAGCAGGCGUAGAUUUUCUGCAGCUCUGGUGUGCAAAAAAAACCUCUACAUGGAUCCUGAUCGCAUCAUCAUUUAUUAAUUCUGCGUACUGCACUGUAGAAAAUCUGAGCAAUUGAUAUGCAGGCAAAGUCAUUGACCGAGUAUUUCUAUGGGUUACACUUCCAUAUGUGGGUUUGUGUGACUCAGAGAUUGUACAUAGGUUUGUGUGAUUUUUGUUUGAUAUAUUACCUGUUUGUGUGGUAAUAUAUGAACAUAAUUUUGGGCCAGGGUGUACAUAGAGGCAAAGAGGAAGUCAAUUUUGUAUUUAUAUAUAUAUAUAUAUAUAUAUAUAGUUUAUCAAUUUGGGUAAAGUUUCCUAUAA